ACGUGACGUGCUUUAGUAUCGCUAACUCCGGUAACGCACUCGCACCGCGUGAGAUCGCGAGAGGACCGACUUCCCGGCCGGCGCUACGGCGAGAUGACGCCAACGAUAUGAGCCACUUUCGUCAGCGGCGGCUUGCGCCGCGACCGACACGGCGAUCUUCGCGAGACGCCGAAAUGCGCCGCCGAAAUGGGCCUCCUCUGCGAUUCGUCACGGAAAUCGCCCUGUUACUCCGGCGAUGGGAUUGAUUCAACGCCAUUCCGGGAACCCGUCAUGCGACCGUCCCCGCUCGGGACGCCUUCGUCUUUUCGCCGUUUCGCCUUAUCAUGGCUGUUCACGGAUGUUUGCUGAGAGCGCGGAGCUUCGGGCAGAGCGAGAACUCGAAAGAACUCCCGUUACGUAGCGAGACGGUAUCGCUUUCGCGACGAGAAUUCUUCCACGGCCCGCAGGAAAAGGCGUUGCACGAUAAGCGGCUCGCGACCAGCGUGAGACGCGAUAACGCGAGUGAAUGUUAGCGUUAACAUUACGGGAUAAUCCGAUUGUCAAUAUCGGCGGGAAAGAAAGCCGAGAGAGCAAAUACAUCUGUUAAUUUGCGUACGUCUCCAUGUACGAGUCUAAUUGAUUUCAGCGUCCGCGAUCUCUGCCAAUUUCCGCUCGAUUGUCGAUCGCGUACCACUUUGAUAAACAUUCGCCUUUAUCCGCUCGUCUCGCGCGAUACUUCUGUUUUCGCAGGUGUGCUUUUCGCCCCGAGCGCCUGGCGAAUGAUGCAACGAACGUCCGAGAUCCGUAAGAACCCAGGUGAGGUCAUUGGCGUCGGAAUGAAGGACGCACGGUGACGAAACCCCGGAGGAAGCGACGUCAGGCGGUCGCGGAACGUCGCCGUGCACGACUACGAACUCGGGGAUCUUCGCUGACGAGCGACCGAAAGAAGAGCCCCGGCGCUGACUCGACGAAAAAUCACACCUUUCGGAGAAGGCUGUGCGAAUUGUCAUCAAGAUUGAUUCGCCACUUUCGCAGUCACCGGGAAUGCGGUUUACUGCGUUUUAACGACCCGGACGACGGUCGCUCUUGACCCAGGAGGCAUAGUCGUCGGACGCACGGGGUCUUGAUAUCCCUCCCGAUGUAGCGGGGAGAUCAUCGUGUUGCCGAGACUUCCUCCGGAAGCCGAUGCGGCGAUUGAAUCGCAGGUCGGCACGGACGUGUCCGCGCCACUGGGCGGUCGCGCCUGUUCGAUCGGUGGUGGACGGAUCGGCGGCGCGUCGCCGCAGAGGGUAAAGCUCGGCGUGCUACCGGCGCGGCAACGGCGCGGCGCGGCACUGUGCGCAGGCAGAGCGUGCGCAGAGAAAGAGCGGGCAGUGAGGUAUCGGCGAACGGGCCAUACGGUUCGAUCGAACGCAGUCGCGCACGUGUGUGCCCGCUGGUGUGUGAAGCGCCGUAGUGCCGCGUCCUCCCCUUCUCGUCGCGCUUUUUACACCGUUUUCUUCGCACUUCUCUUUACCUAUCCACGUGUGCGAACACGUUGCACCGGGAAUCUCGCGAGCGCGCGCGCGCCUUCGGUAAUGCGGACGCGACAGACUGUAUCCGACCGAGGCAUCGCGUGGACGUUCCUGUGACAGCUGCACGUGCGAACUUUGACGAGGGACGCUCUCGACCACGUGCAUCGGCCACGCGAGAAGAUGCCGGACAAGGUAGCGCCAGCGGAGAAGGUCCUGCGACCGGUCUCCGUGGGAACAGCGAGAGACGACGACCAGAGCGAGGAAGGUGUCAAGCUGAAGAAAGAGCUCGGCCUGCUGGACGGAGUGGCGAUCAUCGUCGGCAUCAUCGUCGGCGCCGGUAUCUUCGUCUCGCCGAAAGGCGUCCUCGAAAACAGCGGCAGCGUCGGCCAGGCUCUUAUCAUUUGGAUCUUCUCCGGGAUCUUGUCGCUCAUCGGCGCCCUGUGCUAUGCCGAGCUAGGUACGAUGAUCCCGAAAUCCGGCGGUGACUACGCGUACAUCAGCGACGCCUUCGGACCGUUCCCCGCGUUCCUCUAUCUCUGGGUAGCGUUGUUCGUCUUGGUGCCAACGGGCAACGCCAUCACCGCUCUCACGUUCGCGCAGUACAUUCUGCAGCCCGCAUGGCCCGGAUGCGCUCCGCCCUAUGAAGCAGUGCGACUGUUGGCCGCCGUGGUCACGUGUCUCUUGACUGCCAUCAACUGCUACAACGUCAAGUGGGCGACCAGGGUGCAAGAUAUCUUCACCGGCACUAAGAUCUUCGCUCUGGUGAUCAUCAUGGUGGCCGGUUUCUGGUGGUUCUUCAAGGGUCACACGGAAAACUUCGAACACCCGAUGUCCGGCACCAACACUCAACCCGGUUACAUCGCCUUAGCCGUAUACUCGGGAUUGUUCUCUUACUCGGGUUGGAAUUACCUCAACUUCGUGACGGAGGAGCUAAAGGAUCCCUACAAGAAUCUUCCCAGGGCGAUCUGUAUAUCGUUACCGCUGGUCACAGUAAUUUACGUCUUCGCAAAUAUCGCCUACUUCGUAGUACUCACGCAAGACGAGAUACUCGCGUCGAACGCCGUCGCUGUAACCUUCGGCGACAAGCUGCUGGGCGUCAUGUCGUGGAUCAUACCGUUCUUCGUGGCGUGCUCGACCUUCGGUGCGCUGAACGGCGCAAUUUUCGCAUCGUCCAGGCUGUUUUUCGUCGGUGCUCGGAACGGCCAUCUCCCCACUGCCAUUGCCCUGAUCAACGUCCGCAACUUGACGCCGAUGCCAUCCCUCAUCUUCCUCUGCAUUAUCACCCUGAUGCUCCUCAUCAUAGAGGAUGUCUACGCACUAAUAAAUUAUGUCAGCUUCGUUGAGGCUCUAUUUACCACACUCUCCGUAUCUGGUCUCCUGUGGCUGCGUUACAAAAAGCCUGAUCUCGAACGUCCCAUAAAGGUUUGGAUAGCUCUGCCAAUCAUCUUCUUCAUAAUCUGCGCAUUUUUGGUCACCGUGCCGUGCUACGUGUCGCCGUGGGAGGUGGGCGUAGGUGUGAUCGUGAUAUUGUCCGGCAUUCCCGUGUACUUGAUCUUCAUCUAUUGGAAAGAGAAGCCCUCGUGGCUCGUCAAUGGAUCCCGUAAAUUCAAUAUUUUGUGCGCCAGGCUGUUCAUGUGCGUGCAAGAGGACAAGACCGAGUGAGUGCGGGAGACUCUGCGGCGAUUAUUGCGAACGAAUUGCGUGCACUGUGGUGGUGUCAAGUGCAAUAUUAUUUUAGUUAAAUUUCAUCUUGAGAGUGAUUGGAGUGUCAAUUACGACGGUAAUUUUACUAAGUAUUAAAAAUAUGGUGCUAUGAGAACACCAGUCCCCGUCGAGGGGGAAUUUUUAUACGUGCAUUCGUGGCAUAUCGAGCUCGCAGUUAUUUAUUGCUUACCAUUUUGUGCCUGUACGCGGUAAACUAGUUAGUUUUAGCGUAACUUUGAGUGCCAAUUAUUGAUACUGCCGGACGCAUUCGACUUUCGGAGAUAUUUAGCGCGAAACUUUCGAUGCGUAAUCCGCGCUUAUACAUGUAUCUUUGCUGUGCCUGUGCCGAUGCAACGUGUAAGCGUGCGACCGUGGAUAUAUAGUAAUAUCAAGCAUAAUAAUACCAGUCAUAAUGAUACCGAUUUAGCAAGAUCGUGAAAUUUUAUCGAGAAUUGGAAUAGACGCUAUUUCGAUAGGUUCGUUUCCAACUGAACGUAAGAACGAUAAUCGUGUAUCCAAGUGCAAACUCUGCUGAAUUAUAUCGGCUUCGAAUACCGAAUUGUACAUAGGGUAGAGAAUAGCGUGAAUUUUAUACAUUACGCGCGAACGUAUAAUAUAUAUUUUAAGAGUUCGUACAAAGGAAUCCACUCCAGCUCUGAGAAGAGCCUUAAAGAGGUUUUUAUAUCUUUGAAUAGAAAGGCCAAUUUUUUUUUAGAUAUUCUUUUUCGAGGGACCCAUGUUGUGUACACGUGAUAAUGUUCACGGUUCACCGAUCAUUGUAACAUGGAUAUUGGAUUAUUUCGUCUCAGGAGUGAAAAUCGUGAAGGAAGUACUAGUAGUUAGAAAAGGAAGCACAAUGUGCGCAUUGCUAGCGUGAGCCUCUUCUUAUCGUGCUGAUAGUGAUAUCCAUUCGCACAGGCUGUAACGUGUUAGACGUAAUCCUAAUAACUGCUCAAGCAUCAACGAAGAAUCGCGGGAACAGAAUACAUUCGUGAAUUGUGCGACUGACUGUUGUGUGCCUUGUAUGCGAGCAAGCAGAUCGCGUUUCCCGCAAAGUGAUAUCGGGGAAUUGUACAAACAUAAGUGACGGUUAAGCGAUUUCCGAUCACGGUGAAUAUUCCGAGUAGGAGUCUAGCGUUUUGAGGGACUCUGUACAGACAUAAUAAUGAAUUUUUCGAUAAUAACUUUAUUCAAACAGA